AUGAUCACCGCGGUAUUCCUAUACGACUCCAAGGGAGACAUACUCAUAUCCAAAGUCUACAAAGAUGACAUCAAAAGAAGUAUUGCCGAUGUGUUCCGGAUUCAAGUGAUUAAUCAAGUGUCCUCGGGGAGAGCAAGCAGGGAACACCGAACUCCAGUGUUAACGCUAGGGUCCACGUCGUUCAUUUACAUCAAGCUGGGGAACGUGUGGAUCUGCGCCGUUACCAGGUCCAAUCAAGACUGCGCUGCAGUGCUCGAGUUCUUGUACAAGUUGGAGGCACUACUAUGCACGGUACUUUGGGACGACUUGAAGAAAUCACCAACAAAGCUGGACAAGCCAGCGCUCACGGAUGCCUCUGUCGUCAAUCAUUUCCCGCUUUGCUAUGAUAUCCUCACUGAGGUAUGCGACUACGGGUACCCGAUCAAUUUGGACUUGGAGUACGUCAAAAAAUACACCAUGGGCACCAAGAGCUCCGACAUGAACAUCUUCAAGCGAGUCCAAGCAAAGAGGACUGCAAGCAGUUCAAAAGUUAAUGUCUCACCGGUUCCAAACAACGAAAACGUCACGUGGAGAUCGGAGAAUAUCAAGUACCGUCGAAAUGAAAUCUUUGUUAACGUGGAAGAAAGAAUCAAUGUCUUGAUGAAUGCUCAAAGUGAGAUUUUGCGAAGCUAUGUUGCCGGUUCAAUUCAAAUGAAGACUCGAUUAUCGGGGAUGCCGCACUGCCGGUUCGGAUUCAAUCCAAACACGGUUCUAUUAUCGAGCAGCCAAGUGGAGUAUGAUCAAAGAGAUCGUUUGGUGGUGUUGGAAGACACCAAGUUUCACCAAUGUGUCGAGCUUAGCGCAUUCGAUCACGAUAGGUCGAUUCAGUUUAUCCCACCCGAUGGAGAGUUUCAAAUGAUGAGCUACAUCGUCAAUCAAGAUGUAAAUAUCCCUUUCAAAGUCUUCCCCCUGGUCCAGGAGAUUGGGAACCGCGUCAUUUACAAGAUCAGAAUGCGGUCAUUGUACCCAUCGAAAAACUCGGCUACCGGGAUCAAAAUAAGCAUCCCCGUGCCUAUAUGUGUUGGCACUCCCGAAUUCUUCACCACUGGAGGAAAAGCCAAAUUUGAAAUCCAGGAAAACUGCAUCGUUUGGAAAUUCAACAAGAUCUCGGGAGAUCAGGAGUAUGCUUUCAAUGCCGAAGUGACUGUGGACCCAACUUCCGAGGUUUUCGCUCAGUGGAACCGCCCUCCAAUCACUAUGGAUUUUGAGAUUGACACUUAUUCCAGUUCGGCCCUAACUGUCAGGUAUCUAAAAGUGCAAGAGAGGGGCAAUUACAAAUCUGUGAAAUGGGUCAGGUACAAGACAAAGGCUGGAUCCUACGAAAUUCGAUAUUAA